AGGUAGAUAGAAAAUUUUGUGUUUUAAAAAACCCAAGAGAGAAUUUCUAGUGAUGGAAAAUUCAAGAGUGAUGUUGAUGAUGAGUGUGGUGGUUUUUGGAAUGUUGUCACUGUGGCCAAUGGUGGUGAUGGGAAAACCAGUGCUUCAUAAGGUUGGAGGACCCAAAGGUUGGAAUCAAAAUGUCAAUUAUACUACAUGGUCUUCUCAAGAGCAUAUAUAUGUUGGUGAUUGGCUAAUUUUUAAGUUUGACAAAAGAUACUACAAUGUCUUGGAAGUGAACAAGACAAGCUAUGAGAAUUGCAUAGACAUCACCUUCAUAAAAAACGUGACGCGAGGAGGUCGUGACGUGGUUCAAUUGACAGAAGCAAAGACAUACUACUUUCUCUCUGCUGGAGGUUAUUGUUUUCAUGGAAUGAAAGUUGCCGUGAACGUUCAAGACCAAUCACCUGCACCAUCUCCAUCUCUUUCCGAUACGGCGCAAUCCAGUGGUGGUUCUAUUUUGCCAUCUAUGUACACAUGCUUUGGAAUUAUUAUUGCUAAUGUGUUUUAUGUGAGUUUGGUUUCAAUGGGGAUUUGGUAAGAAAUUGGGGGGUGUGAAAGAAUUUUAAUUAUUGGGUUUGAUUAUAAAUUAAGGUUCAGUUAUUUGAUUGAAAAGUGAACGCAGCUUGAAUAA